AUGGGCGGCAUCAUAACUCAAAUGUGGCCACCGAAGCCGGCCUUUACCGAACAGAAUCUGGGUGACUUAUCAGCGCAGGUCUACAUCGUCACCGGCUCCAACACUGGCGUCGGCAAAGAGCUCGCGCAAAUCCUCUACUCUAAAAAGGCGACCGUCUAUGUCGCAGCUCGAAGCGAGGCCAAAGCUACUGAAGCCAUUGAAGACAUUCGCGGCGCCUUUCCCACUUCUACCGGUCGUCUCGAGUUUCUUGCUCUCGACCUAUCAGAUUUAAGCGCCGUAGCAAGGUCGGCUAAAGAGUUCAUCACGAGGGAGUCAAAGCUCGAUGUCUUGUUCAAUAAUGCGGGCGUGAUGCAUCCGCCUCAAGGAUCAAAGACAAAGCAGGGAUACGAGCUUCAGCUGGGGGUGAACAAUCUCGGUCAUUUGUUGUUUACAGAGCUUCUGACGCCGUUGCUUGCUACAACUGCGGCGAGUUAUGCUGCAAGUUCCCCCAAUUCGGGGGGAUUUGAUCCCGAGAACAUGGGAUUUACGAAAAAGGAGCAGAGUACCUAUUACAAGUACUCUGUGAGUAAGGCAGGUGUGUAUUAUCAGGCAGCAGAAUACGCGAAGCGAUAUAAGGACAAGGGAAUCAUUAGUUUGGCUGUGAACCCGGGAAACCUCCGAUCCGACCUUCAGAGAUAUGGCGGGCAGGGAUUCCUUCACAAGAUAAACCAGAAAGUCAUUUUGUUUCCCGCCAUCAAUGGUGCAUACUCUGAGCUAUUCUGUGGCCUUUCACCAGAUGUGACGGCAGAGAAGUCGGGAAGUUAUGCGAUACCGUGGGGAAGACUUGCCAAGAUUCGGGAAGAUAUCGAGAAGGGAUCGAAAAGUACAAAAGAAGGAGGAACUGGCAUGGGAAAGGUUUGGUACGACUGGUGCCUGGAACAGGUUGAACCAUUCAUGCAUUAG